GAAGAGAGAGAAACACACACACACUUUCUCUAUCUCUCUCACAUUCACGGUUGACCUCCCUUUCAAGCAAAUCAAAAUCCCUUUUUGUUCACUUGAAGAAGACGGAUUCGCCUCGCCAGAAUCGCCGGCCAGACACCAACCGGUAAAAAAAUGGCGUCCAUUCGAAAGAGUUUCACGAUCCUCUUUGUUUUAUCGGUGUUGAUUCAAUUCGCCACCGCUGCAUUGUCAGGGAAACCGACCAACGCGACAACACAAAUCAAUUCCAAUUCUGUACUGGUGGCGCUUCUCGAUUCCCGUUACACCGAGCUGGCGGAGCUGGUGGAGAAGGCGCUCCUGUUACAAAAACUUGAAGAAGCUGUCACGAAUCACAAUAUCACCAUUUUUGCUCCGAGGAAUGAAGCUCUGGAGCGCGAACUUGACCCGGAAUUCAAGCGGUUUUUACUUGAACCUAGAAAUCUUCACUCUCUACAAACGCUUAUCCUCCACCACAUCGUUCCGAGUCGAUUGGCUCAGUCUGAGUGGCCGGACGAGUCAACUCAGCACACCACGCUCUCGCCAGACCCUAUACAUCUCUCCAAUUUGGACUCUGUGAAACUCGCCGGCAAUGCGGAGGUUGUUCGGCUUGACGACGUCUUCCGCCCCGACGGAAUUAUUCACGGAAUUAGUCGAUUGUUGAUCCCUAAAUCCGUACAGCAGGAUUUCAAUAACCGCCGGAGUUUGCGUGCCAUUUCUGCCGUUAAACCGGAGGGGGCACCAGAGGUGGAUCCAAGAACGAAUCGCCUGAAGAAACCGGCACCGUCGGUGCCUGCUGGAUCGUCUCCGGUGCUUCCAAUAUACUACGCCAUGGCUCCCGGUCCUUCGUUGGCCCCCGCCCCCGCCCCUGGACCCGGCGGCCCCCACCACCACUUCGACGGUGAGAGCCAGGUCAAGGAUUUCAUCCAAACGCUGCUGCACUACGGCGGAUACAAUGAGAUGGCUGACAUUUUGGUGAAUUUGACGAAUUUGGCAACGGAAAUGGGGAAAUUAGUAUCGGAGGGAUACGUGUUAACCGUUCUAGCACCUAACGAUGAAGCCAUGGCGAAAUUGACCGCCGAUCAACUGGCGGAACCUGGUGCGCCGGAGAGGAUCAUGUACUAUCACAUCGUACCAGAAUACCAAACUGAAGAAAGCAUGUACAAUGCGGUUAGAAGGUUCGGGAAGGUUCGGUAUGACACUCUUCACGUACCUCAUAAGGUGGUGGCUCAGGAAGCCGAUGGGUCGGUGAAAUUCGGCGACGACGAUGAAACGGCGUAUUUGUUCGAUCCUGAUAUUUACACCGACGGUAGAAUAUCGGUUCAAGGGAUUGAUGGGGUUCUGUUUCCUGCAUCGGAGAAGACAGAUUCUAAGAAGCCAGAAAGUAUAACAACUGUUGAUACCAUUCAGUCCAAACCCAAAUCGCGUAGAGGGAAAUUGGUUGAGGUAGCAUGUCAAGUGCUUGGGACAUUUGGGCAAGAUUCCCGGUUCAACACAUGCCACUAGAAUUCAACCUUCUCUCAACCAAAAACACUUCAUCUGCCAAAUCAAAAAGGGCAUGUAUAAAGGACAUCUGAAGAUACACUUCUUCAAAAGUAAAAUGGUAUGAAUGAGAAUCCAUGCUUUCUCUUUUUGGGUGGAUAUUAGUGGGUGCGGUUUUGUGUUUACUUAAUGUGUAAGAAGCUCUUUUAAUUUGGCAAAAGAAAAAAAAGGGUAAAAUAGUCAUUUGGGGUUUGUCAAUCAUAAACAAUAAUAUUUUUGUAUUAUUAAAAUUUGUGUAUAGUCAAAUAAAUAAUGGAUUGGAUGGUGGGGAAGGUAAGGUGUCUAA